AUGAAUGGGGACGACAGCGAGCCUGGAGAGAUCCAGGAGGUGGACAUGCAGGCACAGGCGGAGACGAUCCGCACUGUUUUCAGCGAUCCCACAAACUUCAACGUGAAGCAUCCCCUCUACUCCCCAUGGACGCUAUGGUUCGAUUCGCCCGCAACAAAGGGCCGUAACCUCCCUCAAACUCCCAUGACAUCGUUUCCCCAGACGCCCAUCCCUGCGACCCCCGGUGCGGCCGCUGCCCAGGGCUGGAUGGAGGACAUCAAGCGGGUCAUCACGUUCGACAGCGUCGAGGAGUUCUGGGGAUUGUACCAUAACAUUGUGCAACCAUCGUUGUUGCCGCAAAAGGCCAACUACUAUUUAUUCAAGGAAGGUAUCAUCCCUGCUUGGGAGGACGACGCCAACAAGCUCGGAGGCAAGUGGAGCAUUCAGCUACCACGAGACAAGAACCGGGCCGCCGUCGACAAGAUGUGGCUCUACACUAUGCUCGCUGCCAUUGGUGAAACUUUCGACCCACUCUUGGCAAGCGAGGAAGGCGAGUCGCCCACGUCGCUGAUCACCGGCGUGAUCCUCUCGACGCGACCGCAGUUCUUCCGUAUUUCAAUCUGGACACGGUCUGCGCCCUCGGGAGCGGACGACGACAAGCUCCGGGAGCGCAUCGAGGCCAUCGGGAAGCACUUCAAAGUGAGCGUGCUCGGUUACCAGGACUCACAGCGUCUCGCCGGGGCCUUGGCCACCGAGGUCGAGUUCCUGUCGCACAAGGACUCGGAGAAGAAAGGCAAGCAGGCCAAGAAGAUCAUCGUCUAG